UCCUAUAGAGGGAUCCGUACUGCCCUCUCCCAUUCCUCUCCUUAAGCUCCAGUCGCAGCCCCUGGCUCAGCUGCUGCACACACAUUGUUGCAGUGUGAGAGACGGCUGCGCUACAGUCGAGUCGCACUGAGUUCCUGUGCAUCUGCGAUAGUCACAGCUCGCCACUCUCUCCCUCCUGCCCGCUGGUUUCUUUGCACUGUCUAAUCGCUGCCUCUGGGGAAUCUGGAAAUCGCACCGGCAGCAGUCGCAUCGGAGAUCUGGACGCGAUGGCUCAGGUGUGCACUGGCUCGGAUGUGGAGCAGCCCUUUGUCAAACCCUUGUUCUGUCGGAAGGGGGCCCUCAGGCAGAAACUAGUGCAUGAGGUGAAGAGCCACAAGUUCACGGCCAGGUUCUUCAAGCAGCCCACCUUCUGCAGCCACUGCACCGACUUCAUCUGGGGCAUCGGCAAGCAAGGAUUCCAGUGCCAGGUUUGCAGUUUUGUGGUUCAUAAGCGAUGCCAUGAAUUUGUCACCUUUGAAUGUCCUGGUGCUGGUAAAGGCCCACAUUCAGAUGAUCCUCGCAGCAGACACAAGUUCAAGGUGCACAGCUACAGCAGCCCCACCUUCUGCGACCAUUGCGGCUCCCUUCUUUAUGGAAUGGUCCAUCAGGGAAUGAAAUGUGCUUGCUGUGAGAUGAAUGUACAUAAGCGAUGUGUUCAAAACGUGCCCAGUCUCUGCGGAGUGGACCACACUGAGCGCCGGGGGAGGUUGCACAUAAGAGUGGAGGCUAUAAACGAUGAAGAGUUCCAAGUCACAGUGGGCGAAGCACGAAAUCUAAUUCCCAUGGACCCAAAUGGAUUAUCAGAUCCUUAUGUAAAGCUAAAGCUGAUACCGGAUCCAAAGAACAUGACCAAGCAGAAAACCAGAACUGUCAAGUCUACGCUGAACCCAGUCUGGAACGAAGCUUUUAUUUUUUCCUUGAAAUCGGGGGAUGAGGACAGGAGGCUCUCUGUAGAAGUCUGGGACUGGGACCGCACCUCUCGAAAUGACUUCAUGGGCUCCAUGUCUUUUGGUGUGUCAGAAAUCAUGAAGAACGCUGUGGAUGGCUGGUACAAGUUACUGAACCAAGAAGAAGGCGAGUAUUACAAUGUCCCAGUAGCUGAUGACGAAGAUGACUUUGGACUCCGGCAAAAGUUUGAGGCAUGCAAUUUCCCACUUGAACUGUAUGAGAAAGUGAGAAGAGGCCCCGUUCCCAGCCCAAGUCCCACCGACUCCAAACGGGUCAACUUCUUUGGUACAAGCCGCUUUCACAUCUCGGAUUUCAACUUCCUCAUGGUGCUCGGCAAGGGGAGUUUUGGCAAGGUAAUGCUGGCAGAGAGGCGUGGCUCCGAUGAACUUUAUGCCAUUAAAAUCCUAAAGAAAGAUGUCAUCAUUCAGGAAGAUGAUGUAGAGUGCACCAUGGUGGAAAAGAGAGUCCUGGCCUUGUCUGAUCGUCCUCACUUUCUCACACAGCUUCAUUCCACGUUUCAGACUGUGGACCGCCUGUAUUUCGUUAUGGAGUAUGUGAAUGGUGGGGAUCUCAUGUAUCAUAUCCAGCAGGUUGGCAAGUUUAAGGAACCUCAUGCCAUGUUCUAUGCUGCCGAAAUAGCGAUUGGACUCUUCUUCCUCCACAAUAAAGGUAUCAUCUACAGAGACUUGAAACUGGAUAAUGUAAUGCUGGAUUCCGAGGGGCACAUUAAGAUUACUGACUUUGGUAUGUGCAAGGAGAACAUAUAUAGCGGAGCCACCACGCGCACAUUCUGCGGCACCCCCGACUACAUUGCUCCCGAGAUCAUCGCCUACCAGCCGUAUGGAAAGUCAGUGGACUGGUGGUCCUAUGGAGUCUUACUAUAUGAAAUGCUGGCAGGACAGCCUCCAUUUGAUGGAGAAGAUGAAGAUGAAUUGUUCCAGUCCAUCAUGGAGCAAACGGUGUCUUACCCCAAAUCCUUGUCCAGAGAAGCUGUCUCCAUAUGCAAGGGGCUGCUGACCAAACACCCUCUGAAACGCCUCGGCUCUGGCUCCGACGGGGAGCGUGAUAUUCGGGACCAUGCCUUCUUCCGCUGGAUUGAUUGGGAGCGCUUGGAGCGUCUAGAAAUCCAGCCUCCUUUCAAACCACGCCCUUGUGGAAAGAGUGGAGAGAACUUUGACAAGUUCUUCACCCGUGCACCCCCUGUCCUUACUCCUCCUGAUCAGCUUGUAUUGGCAGGCAUUGACCAGAGUGAAUUUGCUGGAUUCACCUUUAUCAAUCCAGAGUUCAUCCAUAGUAACCCACACAGCCCAGUGCCCAUCUCCUUGGUGUGAUCUCUGUGGAUGCAUGACGGGGAGCAAGCAUAAAUGAGGCUUUGUCUAUCAGCCCUCGUCUCUUGACCGGCAUGGUAUCCUCCUUGGUAAUGGCUUAUUAGCAUCUUCUGUCUCAUUCUUCUUCCUUACCCUGCAUCUUGGAAAAAGCACUUAGUGUUGUAAUGUGCUGUGAGAGGGGACCAGGAUGCAAUAGUGAAUCCAUUCCUUCCGGGACCAGACACCGAUCUGGCAUUUCACUCUUAUUAACACUUGUGAAAAUCUGAUGAAGUGCGGUUUUCCUUUGGGUUGUCUAGUGUCUCAAAAUACAAAGAAGAUUUUUUUUUUUUUAUCAACCAUGCAACGAAGUUGGGUCACAAGUCACCUGCAGGAAAACAAGACGAGAGCUGGAUUUUUUUUUUAAUCGUUGUUAUUUUAACUCUGGGUUGGACUGUGGGACCUGGAAUUCAACAUCUGAGCAUUUGCUGUGUCAGUGUGCAGUAAUACUUGAAGUAAAAAUCAGACUGUAUCUCAUAUAGACAUUAGAUGAUAUCUGCAUUUACUUUCACAAUGAAUUCCUUACCGGAAUGGACAAACACUGCCUGCAUCUCCCCGAAACAUUGCAUCUUGCCUCGACAUGCAUGGCCUAUUAAUAUCUUUAUAUGUGUAAAAUAUAUCUAGAUGUUAUCCUUUACUUGUAGAAAACAAUACCCUGGAUGAAUGUAUAUAUACGUAUAUAUUAUUUUAACCAUGUGCAUGGGGUGAAAGAGAAUGGCAGAGAAUGAAAAUACUGAGAAGCAUAAUUGGUUUCAAUGUUAGGGCAAGUUUAGUAUUUUUACAGCUGAAUUUCAACUGCCAAGUGCCCACAUUAAGGCCUCUAAUCAUUGCCAAUCAAAGAACAAUGUUUGGAAUAAAUGAGUCUUCUUUCCAGAUGGUUACCAGUUAAGGCCAUCGCUGUUUAUUUUUUAAUUUCAGUUUAGCUGAAGGAGAAGGAAAGUAAUUUUGGCAUUUUACAGAUUGGCCACAUUAGUGUCACCUAGAACACUAUAUUUAUUCUGCAGAAAGCGUUACCAUACCUGAGUAAACAGCCCUAGAAGCUCCCUCUGUUUGUUUAAGAUAGCAGCUGCCAUUUUAGCUUGGUCUUCGUAGCUUCCUGCUGCAGAUAUGGAGGCUGGUAGUCAGAUUACACAUUUCUAAGGGAGGAAGGAGUGAUUUUUAUGAAUUCUUAUGGGAGGGGGGAGCAGGAGAAUGGAGAAAGGAGAGACCUACGCAGGCUCCACCCAGGAAUGAAGAAUUUUUCCAAGAGAGGAAGUCUAAUACUGAAGAACAUGUUUACAAAAAAGGAGAUAAGAAAUCCUGUAUUUCUUUUGAUAGAGGACUCAGUGCAGCAUUUCUGAGUGCUUAUGAAUGUAUUGACAUAGACCUUUCUGCUAUAGCUUACUUAGUUUUUACCUUUCCUCCUUCUUUAAAGGUUAAUUAUUAUUUUUAAGCAACCCUUUCAUUAUAUUCAAGUAUAGUACAAGAUGAAGUCACUGUAGAUCAGGAAGAUUUGUCAGGUUUAGUUGUUCUACGUUAAGUAGCAUUUAGUCUUAUGUCAGCUUUCUUAAUAACAUUUAUAAAUGGCUAAUAAACCACAGUAAAUGCUGUUACUGAUGGACUAGCCACAUGUAAGAGAGUAGACAAGUAGGAAUAAGGUCAAUGGAUAAUGUAGGCCAAACAUCACAGCCUGAAAGCUUAAGAAAUACUCUUUUUUUACCUGGGUUUAGAAAAGAAAGGGAAAAUGUGAACAAUGGAAAACUAAAACUUAUAUAAAAACAUAACAUAGCUUCCACUCAUUCGCCUUGGUUGGCAUGCUGUGUCCCUCAGAGUGACUUCAAUCAAAUAGGUCAUUGUUAUUCAUCUGUCCUGUUUCACUUUGGCGAAGAAUUGCUGAAAAAUUUAGGUCAUCAGACAUCUUUGCCUAUUUUGGUCACCCCUGGAGCUAAGGGAGCUGAUGGGAAUGUUUGGCUUAUCAGCCAUUGCUUAAAUCACAAGAUGAAGACGUUGGGAGAUGGGUAGGCCAUUGACCAUGCACAUAGUUCUGUGUGGACCUUGAUGAAUCAGAUCAUUACUGAAGGAGUACUAUCAGAUAUUAAUAAAGACCUGGGCUUAAUACACAUGUAGAGAAUGGCAGCUGCCUUUUUCUUUGUAGACUUCAGCAACAGCAGUACAUUUAUUAUCCAUCUAUAAGGAUUCGGGGAUUUUAUUAAACCAUAGAAAUCCAGUUGAAUUGGGUUUGAUUCAAACCAAGUCUGACUUGUUCUUAAACUAACAAACAAAAAAAAGUCAAGCUAUUGCCAUGAGAAGUAUUUCUACCCCCGCAUUUUUCCACUUUCUGUUAAUGGCAAGAAUGAAAACUGCCUGUGCUCUAGGGCAGUUAUAACUAUUACUAAACUAGGGAAAAUGUAUUAAAUUAUUACAUUUUGCCUCUUCUCGUACACAAUCUAAAAACAUAUAGUAGGAUCUGGGAAUGUGUUGUGAUGAUGAUGUUUGGGAUAAUAUUCUAAGGGACAUAUUUAAAGAGAAAGACAUGAAACUAGUGAUGGGUUAUUGGAGGCCCACCGCUGAGUCUGUUGGUGGGAAACUGGAGGCUGCAACGCAACGGCAUUUGUGGGUUCCUAGUCAUCCAUGUUUUCAUGAAAAAUAAGAAUAAGCUUGAUGAAUUCACCAUAAUCUUAGAGAGGGGACAAUGGACCCGUCAAAUUCUUCCAAAAUCAUGUGCACAUUGUAACUUGUGCGCACUGUGGUCGAAUGGGUCUGGACCAGUGUUUGUUUAUGUGUGUGUUUAAAACGUGUUGUGCAUUUCAACCACUUGGUGGGCACUAACAUGGGAACACAUGGGUCUAUAUAUCAUUUAGAAAGCAAUAAAUGAAAUGGCAGUUGCAAUGGUGGGCACUAACAUGGGAACACAUGGGUCUAUAUAUCAUUUAGAAAGCAAUAAAUGAAAUGGCAGUUGCAAUGAUGGUAUCUAUUUUAUAUGAGCAGUACCUUAGACGUGUGCAUUCCCAGAGAAAGCAAUAGUUAUCUUUAUAUCUACCUGCAUCCUGAUUUUAUUGCUGCUAUUCUGUCCAUACAAAGAACUGCACUGUGGGUGUGGAUUUUAUUCUUGACUGAACUCUGCUGCUCAGAGGGAAGUUGAAGGUUUCCAGUGCAGGUCUACUUCAGAAGAAGGCCUUAAGGUCACAUGGCUUACAAAAGCAAAAGAAACAAUAUAACCCCCUGAAAUGCCUUGUUCUUAGUUAGUCCCUAUGUAUGUACACUCAGCGCACCUUAUUUCUUCUAUUAUUAUUUUUAAGUAUGUGAUGUGCCUGCAGGGUAAAGGUGCCAACUUCCUGACUGGGCCUCUUUGGGUCCACCAGAGAACUUGACAUCCAGGGACAACUCUUACAGCAAUUCGAUGUAUAUGUUAUAGAAGCCUAUGCUGGAAAUAAGAAAGGGUUGAUUGGAAUUGACAUGUACUGGGGCCCAUAAGGGCCAAGCCAAGAGAUGGCAGGCCAAUCUAACCUUGGGUGCCAAAACUUUGCGCACAUGGAAAGCAAUCUUCAGGCCUUGCAAAAUGUUUUAAUUGCUAAUUAGUUGCAAAGUGUCUGGACCACACAAACACAUUGUCUUGCUCGUUCCAUACCCCCCUCAUAUAUUUCUCAAGUAUUGUGCUGUUUGUUUGGGAUGCAGACAAGUGCAAUUCUAUUUCUGUCGUAGUCUUUUUCACAAGGUACUUAUAUCUAUAAAAUAACCAAAGGCACUAGACAAGGCUCCUCUCCCCACUCAUUAUUUAAUUGAAAAAAUAAGCCAGGAAAUUAAUACCUGGAAGAUGCAUUUUUUUCUCCCAGUCUAGAAGAGUUAGUGCAGAUAAAGGACUAGAUUUAAUUCAGUGAGAAAAAGGUUUAUCACAUCAUGCCUCAUUGAAUUGAAUCUGGCCCAAAAUGUCUUCUUUUCCUAAGCCGCUAAUCCUAUUUGGAUAAUUAUUAGCAAUCAAAAUUCAUAUGGCUAGGUCAGAAGCCUAGAUUAGCUUGAUACAGUAAAUAUUACAUAGGUCCCAUGGGAUGGGAAGCAUGUCCAGUGUUGGACUGGGCCACCAGGAUACCAGGAUGAGUACUGGUGGGCCCAGGUGCCAGUGGAUCCUCUUACUUCUAUUUAUUUAGCCUAUUUCAUGGCCAUUGCCCAUUUCUGUAUGGGAACAAGGAAGCUUUAUUGAUGGAAGAAUAGAGUAUAGUAUGUAGAGAAAAGAUACUUGGAUAAUAAAGAGCUUGAGGGAAUGCAAUUCAAUCAAACUUAUCCAACGGUUAAUCACCUGAAAGCUCUUUUGAGGUCUAUGGGAAAAAACUGGAACUGGAUUAGGAGAAAAGUGUCUUCACCUCGAAUUGAAUUCAUAAAUUUUCAGGUGCUAAACCAUGAGAUAAGUUUUUUCCCCGAAUUGAAUCUGGCCCUAUAUAUGCUGCUCGCUCUUUAGCUCUUAUGGUCUCCCAGUUUAAUCAGAGAAGCCUUGACAGGUCAAACAUUGGACACAAUACGCCUGAUUCAGUUUAGUAAGAAAACUCAUGGCCAAGAUUUCAUUCACAAAUACAAAAACUUUUCUCCUAAUUCAGUUCCAGUUUUUUCCUGUAGACUUCAAUAGAGUUUUCACAUGAUAAACCACGAGAAAAUGAAUCUCAAAUUGAAUCUUGUCCAUCAGAUUUCAUGUGAUACAAAUUUUCUCACUGGAUGGAAUCGGGCCCAGUGAGGCAAAAGGUAUUUAUACCCUGCUCCAGGGUCGGACUGGGGGGGUGCAGGGCCCACCGGGGCUGCCUCCCCGGGGGCCCUUAACCCCCCAAGGUGCCCCUGCUGGCCGUGUCCCCGAUGUGGCCCCCUUAAGCCCUCCUAAGGGACCCACUCCCAGUGCCCUCCCCGAGCACUGAUAAGUGAAACGCGUCAGGGGAGGAUACCUGUGGCAUGGGGUGUGGCAAAGGGCAUCAGGGGCCCACUAGGGCCCACCAGGUGUCCCCGCAGCCCAGUCCGACUCAGACGUAUGAUGUCCCUCAGUGCUUCUUGUUGCACAUAGUGUACUCUUUGCUUUAAACUGUAAAUCAUGACUUUUACUCAGGUGGAAAAGAAUGCAAUGGUAGUUUCUGAAAAUCAGCAACGGCAACUGAAUGAGUUUGAUUUACUAUGACAAAAGGGGUGAAUAUUAAUCCAUUAAGUUUCUUUUAUUAUAAAUUCUAUGUAUGUACAUUUUUUUUUUUAGAAAUUAUGGGGAAGAAUGUGUAGCAUGGAGCAACUGUAAUGUAUAUAAACUGAUUCCAUUAAAGUUAAUGCUAUUAAUCCUUUGAAGUACCUGAUGAAAUGAGUUUCAGUACUGUAUAUAGGGUUAGGUUGCCUUACCGCAGCGUUACUCCAAUCUUUUGUUUGGUUGCCAAUGAUUUUUUUUUUUUCCGGAAAUGUUGCAUGAGAUUGUUAAUGUCGUUGGGAUUGCAGUGAUUUUCAUCGAUUUCUACUUUGUUCUGCACAUAGAGUGCUCAUAACUGACACUGGCAAUGGAAGCCGCUGUUAUUAUUUGUGCAUGCAUUUAAUCUGCUUUUAUUUUUGCCAUUUUUCCGGUUUGUGCCAUUUCAAACUCCAAAGUGUGGGGAGUCCGGAGGAAACGCUAAAUGUCUAGAUUUUUGAAUUCAUAAUUUUAUGUAUAUUGUUUGAAAUCAUUGGCCUCCAUGGAAUCCAGAAUCCUUCAGGAAGAGGCCUUUCCAACGGGAAACCUGCCAGCCAGAUACGGCCCUCCAAUUGGUUUUUAUGGCGGCAGGAUUUGCAGACAACGUUGGAUGACUUCUCGAUGUUAAUAUAAUCCAGCCCAGUCUGCCCACAGGAUCCUCAGCCCAUGAUUUAUACAAGUCGGACAGAGCUGCUUUAGAAAGAACUGUACCUGUUCAUCACUCUUUUGAAAAGCAUAUUUGUUCCCUUUAUGCAAAAUUCAAAUGCAAGUGUGGAUAAAGUGAGGGGUUUCGGGUGGGCUACAAAUGUACAAAUACUUUCAGACUCCAUAGACGGACUCAUUAAUAUAGUAAUAUACCCUACGUGUAUUGUGGAAGCUGGCUAAACAGCUUCAUGUUGUUUUCUGCCUAACUGAUCUCCUGACCAUGAGAGAUUCCAUGAAUAAAAGCAAUAUUAAUGACA